GAUUUUACACAGCAACUUAGGACGAACGAAAUGAGCUGCCCCAGAGCCGCUACAAAAUGCUGGAUGGACACCUUUUCCUGGGAUGGUUAUCAUUUGCCAUUAUAGUGCAUCUGAUCAGCUUGCCCGGACCGAGCACAGCUUACUUCGGGCUGACAGGUAAAGAACCCCUGUCCAUUCUGCCACUGACCUCACAGCCAGACGAAAGGACGGGCAAGGCACACUACAAGCUGUGUGAUCGACUCAAACUGGAGAAGAAACAGCGCAGAAUGUGCAGACGGGACCCUGGAGUGGCCGAGACUCUCAUAGAGGCCAUCAGCAUGAGUGCCUUAGAGUGCCAGUAUCAGUUCCGCUUUGAGAGAUGGAACUGCACUUUGGAGGGUAACUACAGGGCUCAAAUUUUAAAGAGAGGCUUCAAGGAGACAGCAUUCCUCUAUGCCAUCUCUUCAGCAGGCCUGACCCAUGCCAUGGCCAAAGCCUGCAGUGCUGGCCGCAUGGAGCGCUGCACCUGUGAUGAGGCUCCUGACCUGGAGAACCGCAAGGCAUGGCAGUGGGGAGGCUGUGGAGACAACCUCAAGUACAGCAACAAAUUUGUCAAAGACUUCUUGGGUAAGAGGUCCAAUAAGGAUCUCCGCGCCCGGAUAGACCUGCACAACAGCAAUGUAGGAAUGAAGGUGAUCAAGGCAGGGGUGGAGACCACCUGUAAGUGUCACGGAGUUUCGGGUUCGUGUACCGUGCAAACAUGCUGGAGGCAGCUGGCACCCUUUCAUGAAAUUGGCAAGCAGCUCAAACAGCGUUAUGAGACUUCAGUCAAAGUGGCCAGCUCCACCAAUGAGGCAACUGGAGAGGGAGAGAUCUCUCAGACCCGAUCACAGGGGCAACAGCCCCCUCCAGGCCCUCGUCCGGACCUCAUUCCCCGCACCCCUGAUCUUCUUCACAUUGAGGACUCACCAAGUUUUUGCAGGCCUAGCAAGUAUUCAGCAGGCACCUUGGCCCGCAAAUGCUACAAGGAUAAGAACUGCGAGGCCAUCUGCUGUGGCAGGGGGCACAACACUCAGAGCCGAGUGGUGACGAGACCGUGCCAGUGCCAGGUGCGCUGGUGCUGCUAUGUUGAAUGCAAACAGUGCACACAAAGAGAAGAGGUUUACACAUGUAAGGGGUAAAACGCAUCACAACCAGGCAGAAUAUCUUUCACCAGUCUGGGAACAGUGAAGAGAAAUGAAUGAGUGGAAGCCAAAAAAGAGAGGAGAAGUGAAAGUUUAGGUGGAUUCCCUUUUCCUGGUUUGGGGAAAGGUCUCAAAGGCAUCAAACUAGUUAAAAAAGAUGAAAGCACUUUUUGAGAGGUUUUGCAGGGCGUUUUUUUUUUUUGUUUUGUUUUGUUUUCUGUUUUCCAUGUUGAGCAGUGUGAAAGCUGUGUAAUAUACCAAGCCUAAGGGAAUGGUCUACAGUUUUGAGCGACACUUUGGAACUAAAUUAAACAUUUCACAGAGCAAUUUGUCUGCCAAAAUAUCAAUCAGCAGUAAAGUCCAGUCUUGGACAGACAAUUGUUUAUCCAAUGAUUUGACAGUCUCUGAAUAAUAGCUUGAAACGUCUCAAGCCAUAUGUGUAAGAGUAUGUGUUUCUGUGUGACUUAAUUCCAAAUUAAUUAAUUUGGAGAUGUAAUUUGCAAUGAGAAAAUGGUGUCAGAUUUAUUCUACAUGCACAUGUAUUGUACACCCACACAAGAGUGUGUAUGCAUAUGUACAUAGAUAAAAUUACAUUAUAAUUAUAUUAUAUACACCACUUAUCUGAGUAUGUUAAAUAACCACUAACCACACAAAUGUUUUAUUGUUUGUGUGCUUGCAUUCACUUUGUGUUGUAAUUCUCUUCGACAAGGCCCUAAGGAAAGCAAUACUUUUGAUUUGUGUUUUUCUGUAGAUAUAAUUUGUGGAACACCACAAGGAAUAGUUCUUGCAAGAAAUGAAAAUGAUUUGCUUUUCUUUUUCUUUUUUUUUUUGCUUGACAGUGGAAAUCUUUGCCAGUCUAUUUUUGAUUUAACUCUGCCUUAAAUGAACUCUACAAAUGACUGUUCAGGGAACAUGUGAAACCACUAUGCACAAUUCAAUGGUAAAGAAAUCAUGGAGAUUUCACAGUGAGCAUUAGUCUCCAUGAUUUAGGCUUCCGCUUGACGACACAUCUGUCCAUCCUCAUUAAAAAAGCUGCUGAUUCAGUGCUGUAAUCGUUGCAGCAGUGCUUUUCAGGACAAUGCUAGUUAAAUAUGAAAUAUGCCAUGGUUCAUGGUCACUUAAUGCUCUGUCAGUUUCACAGACAGCUGGAGGGAGCAAAUAAAAGUUGAGAAUAGACAUGACAGCAAAUGUGGGCCACUAAUCUGCAUUGGAAAUUUCCCCCCUUUCUGCUUUGUAUUUUAAGGGGGAAAUAAUUAACCUCAGAGUUAAUACAUUUUCCAGCAGAUAUUGAUGUUGGAAAAUUAUGGUGGACAGUUUUUAAUUUCAAAUGAACAUCAAUCAAUCAGUAGUUCUUCUAAAAUUACUGUUUCAUUGAAUCUAUUCACAACUGUUAAGAGGCUGAACAUGACAUUUUUUGACUAUAUGGAUAUAGAAGUUCAUAUAUCUAUAUUAUAAAAUAGAACAUUGAAAUUCCAUAUUUUUUGAAAAUUAUUUAACAUAACAGCUGGCAUGGAGAAUACAGCUGUUUAAGCAAAUGACAAGAUCUAAGUUUCUGAUCAGACUUUUAAUAAUUUAAAACACUCUGUCAAUUUAGUGGCAGCAUAAACUUUACAAUAUAUGACUUUGUAUUCAGAUCACCAAACUCUGUUGAGGUCCACGUAAUGUAAAUAAAUUAUAUAGAAAUGAAGAUAUGACAAAAUAUAUAAAUGAAUUAUAUAUGCUCUUUUAUUUUAUUUUAUUUUUUUAGUUUAGUGUGAAUGAACUACUGAGUGAGAGACCGACAAAAAGAAAAAUGGCACCAUUCACGCACUGAAGCAUGGAAGCUCUUUUAUUUAUUUAUUUUUUUUUAAGUUGUAAAUAGCUAUGGUUAUGAUCCUGUGGCAUACAGACAAAAGUGAGGCACAUGCAUACCGCUUACAGGCAUUUGAACAGAAGUUUCCAAAAUAUUGAUGUUUAGAUCUGUCUUGAUGUUUUAAGUUCCCCCCAACACCCAACCCCCCCACCCCAAAAUUUUUAUGAAGUGCCAAGUUCAGUGCUUUGUAAAUAAAUGUUAUGCUGUUACGAAAUUAUCCUCAGUAAGCACACAUAUGUCGCUUUGAUCUCUGUGAAAGUAUGUGUCACCUGAAUAGCACUGUAUUUUAUUUUAAAUUUCUUAUUUGUGUCAAAUCUUUAAAUGGAGCAAAUUUACUUUUUGUUAAUUUUUUAUCAAAUGUUGUGAAAAAGUCUCAGGUUACUUAUGUAACCAUGGUUCCCUGAGAACAGGGAACGAGACACUGCGUUUACCGCAUAUGGGGAACGUCACACGUGAACCGGUGUCUGAAAGCAAAGUAUCAAAUCUCUCCAAUCCUAUUGGCUGGCGACAGCCUAUGAUGUCAUCAAGACACGGCCCGGAAGUAUAAAGGAGCCGCCAGUGAAGCAGUCAGUAUCUUAUCGUCUGAAGAGACUGUUCAGCAGGCAGCCCCGAUGCAUGGCAAGGAACGCAGUGUCUCGUUCCCUUUUCUCAGGGAACCAUGGUUACAUACGUAACCUGAGACGUUCCCUUUCGAAAGGGAACUCAACACUGCGUUUACCGCAUAUGGGGAACGAUAUACCCACGCCGCCAUGCUUGAGGGGAGUGCAUGCCAAGAAGAUGGCUAGACAAACGUCAACUAGCAGUUUUAAAUGAAAUGCCAGAGCAACUCCCCCUCGGGUCAAACAAAGGCUGUCAGUGACAUUCCCUACAGCCAACAGCCCAAGCCAAAAGCCUCAAAGAGGCCUUCCACAGAAGGCCUACCAAGGCCGCUCAAAGGCUUCUGGGACCGAACCUUCCGAGGAAAGAGGGUCCCUCUAAGGGAAUGUAGCCAGGGGGCCCGAAGGAACCCCAGCCAGUCACUAGAAGGGGAACAGUCACCCCAAAUGACACCAGGGAGGCCGACCCAGUCCGACAGCAACCUAGUCUUGGCCAGCAACCUGUCUGAACACAAAGCCUCACCAACGCAUUCUUCAGAGAAGAUAUCCAGUAAGAGUGACUGCAAAGGGGCAGUAAGCAACUCAGACCAGAGCGUAGAGACGGGCAUCCUGGAGAGCAGGACUCAGCUAAGUGCUCUUAACCCUGCAAAAAGAGUAAACUCUUGCUGUGCACUCAAACACCCCGACAAGGGGAGCACAUUAAUCAGCCUGGGGGCUGGAUCACAAACGGGAGGCCUCAUAGAGGCCUUCAACCACUGACCAGCUUAGGGAGCUAAGCACUAUGCAGGACGACCCUAACAAGGGGAGUACAGGGCUCAACCUAACAGAUAGACCGUACUGUAGGCACAAAAUCAUGGAGGCCCAAGAAGGGGCCUACAACAUGACAACAGUUCUACACAGUGUAGAAAUAUAAAUAACAUAGCAGCCUUGCUAAAGGCCAACAUGUGAGGCUACAUGUUUAAUCUGCUUAAGUUUCAACACCCAGAAGUGGGGGUGGGAAGGCUUCAAGGGCGGCCUGUUAAGGCCACACACCUCGAGCAGCUAGCUUGCUGAAAGCAAGAACCCACAAACAUGUAACUGGUUCAGAAUGAAACCGAGUUAAACCAGCAGAUAAAACUGUAGAGUGCCCACAUAACAGUCCACCUAACACAAUCCGACAAGCAGUGUACUCAGUAAAAGCACCUUUUACUCUUAAAGCAAGAGGAGUACAACAUACGCCAUCAUGUUCUGUGGGAGGCCCAAAAGGCAGGCCUACGACUUCAGACAGACACGUAGCGUCAGCUCAUGGUAAUGUUCCAAGCUCAAAGGGAGCAAACAUAAGAAAACCAAACCAAAGUGAGGUUAACUAGAUAAACUCAACCUGAGCCAACGGCCACUCAGCAAUGUACUCAGUAAAACACCUUUUACUCUUUAAGCAAGAGGAGUACAAAGACAUACGCCAACGUGCUUUCAAAGGAGGCACAGAGGGCCUACAACUCACAGACACGUGGCGCCAGCUAGUGGCAACACCAACACAAACCAACAGGCCAUGUACUCAGUAAAACACCUUUUACUCUUAAAGCAAGAGGAGUACACACUCCGCCAGCAUGCUCUGAGAGAGGCCCAAACCGGGCGUAGCCAGUGGCAGUGAUAGCAAAACCAACACAGAACUGUGCCAGCAUGUUAAUUGAAGGAGGCCCAAGCGGGGCCUGCGACUCCAAAACACACGUGGCGUCAGCUGGUGAUUUCACAGGUGACCAAGCUCAAAGGGAACCAGCUUCUAAAACCCAACAGACAAUUGCAGUAACUAGCUUAACUCAACCUGAGCUUAAGUCUACACAUUCCAACAGGCAAUGUACUCAGACACACUAAACCCUAACAGAAAAGGGAGCACAACAAUGUAUGCUACCAUGGUCUGAAGUGGCCUACUACUUUGGACAGACAUGGGCAUAAACCUGUGGCAGUACCAAAUUAAGUGAGCAAAACUCAUGAACAUCUACCAACAACACUUUGUGCUCAGAAGGAGGCUCAGAUUCACCCGAGCCUUCAACUCCACAGACACAAUAAACUGUUGUGGCAGAGAUAAAUUCUAAAGGGAGCUAAAAAGAGCCAAACUGCAAGUGAGGUUCCCUACCACUCAACCUGAGCUAUGCAAUCCAUCAGGUUAUAUACUCAGUAAAAAAAAAAAAUAAAUAAAUAAAUAAAUAAAAAACAACUAAAAACAAGGGGAGUACAAAUAGUCACCAUGCUCUAAAGGAGGCUAGAAACAGGCCUACUACUCAUAAGAACAGGUGCAAACCUGUGGCAGCAAAGAGUUAAGCUCACACAUGUGUAGGGCAAAACUAGAACCCAAAGCAAAAACAAUGCUUUGCUAUUCAUACAUACCAUCCUGAAAGAAUGGAUGCUUUCACCAAACAGAAAUAAUACAUCUGUACUGAACCCUAGAGAACAGGAGCUAAACCAAGCUAACACCGUAACCCCAAGCUUGAAUGCUAAUUCAAGGGGCUCAGGGGAAAGACAAAUUCAGUAUGAAUGAAGUUCUAGAAAAGUGGGGACUAAGCAACAUUAGCAUACACUUAUCUAAACAAAGAUAAGGGCAUACCACCUGAGACAACGGCACCAGGGAGGCUAGUGACAGCCUGCUACCCUAGCUGCUAUUUAACUAGCACCUACACCAAAGGGGUAAUGGGCAUAUGGCCUGACAACUCAGAUAAGAGAAGGCCAGAACUAGGAACUAUACAACCUGACAAGGGAUAGUAGCAAUAAAGGGUGAAUGCUUUAGUAAAUCACCUAAACCCUAGUUCUAGCCUAGGUUUGCUAAGCUGUGGGCCUAUAGGGCCACACGAAGCAUAGAUCUGCAUGAGGCUUAAACACAACCUCUGAACUCAACCAGAGAAGAGGAAACUCAAGUAAAGAAAAGUGCAACAAGCAAACAAUGUCAGGCGGCCCAGGAGGCCGACACUUAGACAUAGAUCUGUCUGAAGUAAAGAGUGCUAACUCAAACAUACUCUAGCUAAAGCCAGAGGAGAAGCUACUCUACCAAAGAUGGCUGAGAUAAACUCUUAAAACUCAAUUUUGUGGCCAACACAAUACAAAUAAAUCAUUCCAGCCAACCUAAUGAAACUUCAGUGCCCAAAAACUCCUAUCUUUUUCACCUACAUGCUCAGGAAAAACUAUACAGGAAAAACAAGGUUGACAUAUUUUAAAACAUAAAUAUAGACCCAGCUUACCUUCCUGCGGCUCGAAGACCGAAGACUCCUCAUAUUCCACAUGGAAGGAUGGAAUCUAGGGUUCUUUUAAGCCUAAAAGAGCCUCUUCACUAUCAAGCCAGAAGGCGAGCCAUCAGAAAAAUGUUCAUCAUAGGCCCAGCCAUCAGCCUGACUGUAAGAAGCGUCUGAGCAUGUUACAUGAAUCAAAAAACACAGGAGGUGGAAGAAGAAGAGGAGAGGGCAGAUGUAAAUUGCCCUUGCAAAGAGGGACUGCUGGUGUCUGCGGAGGAGGAGGUGCCCGAGAGGCCACGCUGGACUUUUGGUCCUGUCUUCAAUCCUCAAAUCGAGACGGGCCGGGACCUCCUGUCUGUCUGGGCCCAGAUUCAGAUCUGAGCGGUAUGCACGUUUUAAACGCUGCCGAGCGCGCCUUCGCUUCCCUGAACUUUCCCACCACCACCUCGACGGAGGUGCCGAAAAGUUCGGAAGGCGAAACCGCCACAUCAAGGAGAAAGCCCUUCUCUUUCUCCCCAAUGUCCACCAGGUUCAGCCACAGAUGCCUCUCUGUGGCCACCAUCGAGCUUCCAAUCGAAGCGGCGGUUUGCUUGGUGGCCCAGAGAGCGAGAUCCGUGGUGCAGCGCAGCUCUUCUACCGCCUCAGGGGACAGACCCUGCCCCUGAUCCAGAUCUUUCAGCAGGUCGGCCUGGUAGGCCUGUAACACCGCCAUGGUGUGUUACCAUGACCCGCCGUGUAUGCCCUGCUAUUUAAGCGAGAGGUGGUCUUAAGGGGCUUAGAAGGCAGAACCAGAGCUUUCAGUGUUGGUGCCUGCCCCGUGAUGAGAUAGAUCGCAAACAUCUCGUCAAUAGGAGGCAUCGACACAUACCCAUGCUGGCUCAAUCCUUCAACAUCAGCGAAAUUCGCCCGCUGAUGUCGAUGAAUACGAGCCGAAUAUGGGUUCUUCCAUGCCUUUUCGAUCUCAACAUGGAGAUCAGGAAGGAAUGGAAGGCUCACGGGGGCUUCUGGGCUAUGGCCAGAAAGGAACCGCUCGUCGAGCCGUACACAUGCGGACCCUUUCUUAACGCGCUCCCAAGGCAGCUGCAGUCUGCCAGAAGCGCGUUCCAUAACCUCCAGCAGCUCUGCAUACCCAGGGCAGGGAGGCUUUGAAGAUUCAGCAGGCUCACCUGCUUCCUCAUCAACAGCCAUCUCCUGCUCUCUAGGGCUAGAAGCCAGAAGAGCACACGCUGCUGGAUCCGAUGACGUCAAUGAAAGGACAUCAUUGUCAUCCAACAACUCAUCCUCGCCAGCCACUGGGGGCUGAGAGAGAUUUACACCUCUCUCAAACUCCUCAGUGAGCUCCACCUGCGAGCCCCAUGAUUUCAGCCGCUGCUCUGCCUCAGCACAAGCGGGGCCAGAACCACCAGGCACAGAUGCUGACACCUCUUCCCUCGAGAAGAGUGCCAAACGAGAACGGAGCGUCCUCAUAGGGAGACGCUCACAGUUAACACAGACAGCGCUCUCAAGCACUGUCCGUGCGUGCUUCUCUCCCAGACAGAAAACGCACAGAUUGUGUGUGUCACCAUGUCAAAAACCUGGGACACGGGUCAGCACACUUUCUGAAACGUUUGUCAGACAUGAUAUAAAGUUUCCUUACCAGAUUCAAUGAAAUCGCGAUCAGACAAAACAGUCCCAAAAGAAGAAAAGAUACUGACAGCUUCACUUGCGGCUCCUUUAUACUUCCGGGCCGCGUCUUGAAGACAUCAUAGGCUGUCGCCGGCCAAUAGGAUUGGAGAGAUUUGAUACUUUGCUUUCAGACACCGGUUCACGAGUGACGUUCCCCAUAUCCGGUAAACGCAGUGUUGAGUUCCCUUUCGAAAGGGAACAUCUGGUGGAUGAUUCAACCAGGCAUGUUUUGGUGUUGCAUUGAAGAUAAGCAAAUGCUCAACUAAAAUGACAUCCACAUAGAAAUGUAAAAGUCAAACAUGACAGCACUACACAAAAUCGUUUUAUUAAUAUUUUGUUUUGUAUUCCAGUAAAAUCAUCGAGAUUAACUUGUGCAAAUUUGCAUAAGACAUUAAGAAUUUUGCCUCAAAAGUAAAAUGUUUAUAUAUAUAUAUAUAUAUAUAUAUAGAGAGAGAGAGAGAGAGAGAGAGAUGGAUAGAUAGAUAUAGAUAUAUAUAGAUAUAUGCCUUUGAAAGAAAAAAAAACUCAAAAAUGCUGAUAAUUCAUACUGAUAAUAAUGAUGCAAAUUUUAAAUACAAAAACAAGGGGUGUAUGACUACAUAGGAAAAAAUUCUGUCUGAGAAGGGAUUCAUUUUUUGUAACAUUUUACUUGAAGCCUUUGUGUAUAAUGCUUUAUAAAAGCCUUUAUGUUAAGCCUUUAGAAAGUAUAAUGCAUUAAAACACAUGACAAACAACCAAUUUCAGGCAUUAAGUAAAGUGUUACCAUUUUUUCUUUAAUUUAAACUAAUGAGCUGAAUUCCAAGUAAUCGAUGGGGAGACAUGCAUGCAAAUUAAAGAAUGCUUGGAAACACAGACAUUAGCACGCUACAUGGAAACCAUGCUAUAUGGCUGUACCAUGGCUAUACCGAGUCUUUCAUCAGUCAUGGCAUCUGUCCACAGCAGAGGUGAACAGAAAACAGCAAUGACAUACAUAUGAGACACAGUAGAUGUAAAUAUCAUAUAGCUGCAUCUUUGGCAUGCUGCAUGUUCUGCUUUUUUUUUUUUUUUUUUUUUUGAGAUUUUCAUUUUCUUUCUUUCUUUUUUUUUUUUUUUUUUUUUUUUUUUGGUUGUCUUGGUUCCUUAAUCUUACUUUCCAAUGCAAUGUGUAUAAAAUGUAUGUGGUUGUGGAAAAAGGACACAGAGACAAUAUAUUUUGAAAUGUUUUAUGAGCAUGUGUUAUUUGUACAUUUUGUAAAACUGAAGAUGAUUUUCUAGAUAUAUAUUCUCUGUCUUUCAUUUGGCUUAUAAUUGGGUAUUUGCUUUUUGGGGUUGAGGUAUAUGACCCCAACCCUCCCCUCCCCUCCCGAGUUAGCUGUAACAAUCUCAUUAUUUGUAGCAUAAAGGCUAAUAAACAUAACUUUAAGAACCAGCAAGUGAGUUCAUUGUUUAGAUUUACAUUUAUUGAGAAUGGAUUGCAGACACUUAGCAUUUGACAAAUGCACAGUAAUUUUUUUCUUUAUUAUUUUCCAAUAGCUUGGUCACUAUUCUGAUUUUUGUCAGGGUUUGUGCAAUGCUGCAACUAUUAAAAUGCAUUCUUUUUCUUUUAAGGGCAGAGUUUUUGUCAGUAGUUUGUCUUUGUCCACUUUUUCUUGUCUAAUGGGAAUCUAUUUUCCUCUAAAUUAUUUUCCUCUACCUCAUGUGUAUAGCUUGUAGGUAUAAACUGAUCAUGAAUGACUGGUAAGAAUGUAUUUAAGUUAUUUAACAUCUUUGUAUAACAAAGGCAAGAAAAUCUGAAAAUAAUAAAAGAGUUUUUAAAGAAUGUUGAGAUUCUAUGUUUCUGAUUUUAACUUUAGAUGUAGGAAUUUCAUUUAUCUGAAUAUUUUGAUCAGAAAUGACUCAGUCAUCUUGAUGAAAUUAUCUUCAAAACAAAGAAACCAGUCCAAAUGUAAAAAAAAAAAAAAAAAAAAAAAAAAAAAAGUGAGAGAGAUUUAACACACCUUUAUUAACUACACAUCAGAUAUAAAAACCAUCAAAAACAAAAACACUUUUACAACACGUUUUAAAAAUUCACAUAUUACUCAAAUUCUUCAACAAAAUGCAAAAUGCAUGUCAUUUUCAAUCCAGCACAUUUUUUCUACACUCCAAACCUCUUUAAACUUUUCCAGUUUCUUCAUAUGAGAGUAGAAAAUAAAAUUAUGUUUUAUUCUUGCUUUUAUGAGACCCUUAAACAAUAAUAUCAAAAUUUUUACUAGUGCUAAGCAAUUUUAUAUUUCGUACUUAUAAACUGCCAUUUUGACUUGACCUAAGAAAAAAUUUAACAACAGUCCUUUCUUUUUUUUUCCCCUUUACAAUAUUUAAAACAAAAAAUAAACACAAUCAUUGUAAACAUUUUAUUAACAUUAGCAAAUAAAGCCUCCAAUAAAACAAACAAAGGCCUUAAUCUGUCACAGUGUAUAUAAAACAAUGAAAUAUGGUUUCUCUUGCACCACAAAAAGGACAUUUAUCUUGCACAUUUGGAUUCAACACUGAGAUAAAAGCAUUUAUAGCAACAAUCCCAUGUAAAACACAACAACGAAGAUCGUCCAUUGUUGAUUUAAUUUCAAGUCUCUGUGCAAGUGCAUCAGUAUUGUCCAACACAAUACCAGCCACUUCUAAAUAAGUCUUUUAUUUUAACAACUUUGGCUUUGUUAAGGUUUGCAUCAACCAUAAAGUUGUAUCUCUACAUAAAUCCAGACGAGCACCAUUAAUCAAAGGUUCUUCCAGAAACCAAUACAGAAACUUAUAUGACAAUGAUCUUUUAACCUGUACCAUACACCAUGCUUUUCUUACACUCUCAUAAAAGGUAGAAAUAGACUUCAAAUUAAAACUCCUACAAUCUGUCCAAAAGAUAUUUAUUCUAAAACCCCAUCCUCCAACCUUACUUAAAAGGCAACAGGCAGAUCCAAACCAUGAUAUACUUGGACUGUAUAAAAACUUUUGAACAAACUGUAGACUAAAGGCUACUUUCCUGCUUAUAAGGUCAACAACCCCUUGUUCACCUUCUUCCUUUGGAAGAUAAAGAACCAAUGUAAUCUAUCCCAAAAGAAAUUGAUCAUCUUGACCUGUAUUUUUCCCAGAACCCCUUCAGGAGGCUCUAGAACUGCUAAUCUGUGCCAUAAUGAGGAGGCUACUAAAUUAUUAAUAAUCAAUGUUCUCCCACUAAAGGACAUUUUGGGUAAAAGCCAUUUUCACUUUCCUAAUCUUGCUUCUACAUUUUCAACAAUAUGUUCCCAGUUUCUUUGCAUUAUUAUUAAAAAAAAAAAAAAAAAAACUGAUGAUCCACCCGAUUAAAUGCCUUCUCUUGAUCUAGGGAAAUUAGACCACAUUUUUUUUCCCAACAGUCUAGAGAUUUCCAAAACAUCCUGAAUUAAGGAUGUAUUAUCCACUCUUGAUCUAUUAGGUACACAAUAAAAUUGAUCUAAAUGUAUAACCUGUCCAAUUUUUAUCAUCUCUUCACUGGUUACCUAUUAAGUUCCGUAUCGAUUAUAAAGUACUGCUAAUGACCUAUAAGGCUCUAAAUGGUUUAGCUCCUGUGUACUUAACCGAUCUUUUAUCGGCCUACAAUCCUUCACGCUCUUUAAGAUCACAAAACUCUGGACUUCUGGUUGUACCUAGGAUAGCUAAGUCCUCUAAAGGAGGGAGAGUGUUUUCACAUUUGGCUCCUAAACUCUGGAAUAGCCUUCCUGAUAAUGUUCGGGGCUCAGACUCGCUCACCCAGUUUAAAUCUAGAUUAAAGACACAUCUCUUUAGCCAAGCAUUCACAUAAUCCAUCUCAUAUCAGAUCAAUUGCACAUGACUAUCUUUGCUUAAUGUUAUGAACAGCAGCUAUGCUAAUUAUUCUCCAUUUGCUUUUCUGUUUUACCUCGGGACGUCCGUCCCGAGGUGACUAGAGAGUACAUCAGUUUCAGUUUGGAUCCAGCCUCUUAAGAAGACCUCAGAUGACUAAAACUUUGGAAGAGACAGCGCCAACUCCUGCGAUGACUUCAGAAGAUGCAACAUCUGGAUCAACACGCACAUUCGCAAAUUUCUAUAUAUCCUAAUUAUUGUUAAUAUGUAAUUCAUUUUUCCAGGAGCUCUUUGCUUCUACCUUCAAUUAAAUUGCUAACAGUGAUUGUAUAUUAAUCGCCUAAAUUAUUACAUUAUUAGCUAACUGCAGUCUCCAAAUUGUAAUGUUGACAUGCAUUCUCUGUAAAGCUGCUUUGAAACGAUAUGUAUUGUGAAAAGCGCUAUACAAAUAAAUGUGAAUUGAAUUGAA